AUGCCUCUAGUGACUGAAGCAUGGGAGCGUGUACAAGUUGCAAGACUGUGCAACGACUGGUACUGUGGCAUUCUCACCACAAGCCAUUGGAAGAGCCAGGCCAGGCCGUUGGCAGGCUGGUUAAUGAACGGUCAAGGUUUGAAGGACCAGUCAGGAGGCGACGGUAUUUGCUUUGCCUUCUGGAAUAGCCACGCCGCUUCGAUAGCAGGGUUCUUGUCGUUUACAGCCAAGACCAAGGAUCUGGGCAGAUCUUUCGAGGCCCAGCGGACACUAGAUCUGAUAUAUGCGCCCCUAUAUCGGGAAUGA